AUGAAGUACACUCAACCCGCCAUAGCUCUAGCCUUCUUGGCUUCUUCCGCAUUAGCAGCAGAGUGCAAGCCCAAGGUUGAUUCUGAAAGCUUGCAGGCGGAUAUCAAAACUGAAAACCUUUGGAGCCAUCUGGAAGCUCUCAACAACAUCGCUUUUGAAAAAGGGAACGGAAACCGUGCCUUUGGCCUCCCCGGUUUUGCCGCAUCGGUUGACUACAUUUGGUCUCAGAUUUCUGGGUUCAAUGGUACAAAGUCUUGGAAGCAAGACUUCUCUGCCUGGUUCGCCGAGGUCCAGACCAUCUCGUUGAAGGUGAAGGAGGAGGAUCUCUAUGUCUUCGGCAUAGCCUACUCCCCCUCAACGUCACCGGAAGGCAUCACAGCGCAAGUUGUCCUCGGUCCCGCCGGCGAGGCUGGGUGUAGUGAAGAGAGCUAUAAUGGUCUUGACGUAGAGGGCAAGAUCGUCCUGACACAGCGGUUCCGCUGUCCUACGGGCGGCACACUGGCAGGCCGAGUGAAGCCUGCUGCGGCGCGAGGUGCAGCGGCCGUGAUCAUCUACCAUGAUCUCACUACGAAACCCACGGCUGGGUCGUUUGGUGAGGUCAAUUUGGAGGCCUAUGCGCCAACUGGAUUUAUUCAUAAGGCAGAUGGUGAGGCUAUUAUUGCACGUAUUGAGGCUGGGGAGACGGUGGAGGCAUACUUUCAGCAAACGCAGCUGGUGGAGCAACGGGUCACUCAGAAUGUAUUUGUUGAGACGGCAGAUGGUGACCCGUCUAACGUGAUCAUGCUCGGCGCUCAUCUUGACAGUGUCCAGGCUGGUCCCGGUAUCAAUGAUGAUGGCUCGGGAACCAGUCUAGUCCUAGAAAUCUUCAAAGCAUUGACGAAAUAUCGAUUCAAGAACAAGGUCAGGUUCGCAUGGUGGGGAGCCGAGGAGUACGGUCUGCUUGGCUCAAAACACUACUGCCAGAACCUCGAAACCAAGGAAGUAAACAACAUUCUGGCCUAUCUCAACUACGACAUGGUUUCAAGAGGCUACUUUGGCGUCAGCGAUAAUGACGGGCGCGCAUACGGCUCAGUUGCACCACGUGGUUCCGAAGUGAUUCAACAGAUCUACCUCGACUGGUUCAAAGCUCAAGGGUUGGAGACGACGCCUGCCAUCCUCACUAACGGCAGCGACUACGCAUCGUUCUGGGGCAUUUUGAACAAGCCUUUUGGUUUCCUCAACACCGGGACAGGGGUGGCGCAGGACGACUGUUACCAUCAAGCCUGUGACACGAUCGACAACCCGGAUGCAGAGACCAUCACUUACAAUGCCAAGGCUGCGGCGCACAUGGUCUCGAUUCUCUCCAUGAAGGGCCAUGAACUCAUCCCCAAAACUAUUGUGAACGAGACGUCUCUUGCGAUGAUAAAGAGAAGCGAUUUCUUCGCAGAUGAGAUCAAUAUUGAGGAGCUCGAAGCACUUGGUGAGAGACAUCUAGGGUGUGGGCACGAUCUGUGA